UGUCAUAAAUUUUGGAGACGACGCGGAGGGUAAAGGAAGGCUGCGCACCAUGCGCUGUCAGUCCUGUCAAAACACGGAUACGGCGAGCACGCGCAGGCUCUGUUUCCGAGGCGUGUCGACGAGCUGACUUUUAAUAUGCGCUCCAAUCCGCUCAAGCAAUUAGCCCGUCGUCUGAGAUAACGUUUCUCAACGCCUUAUGCCUCGUCACAUGCAGGAAAGAGUAGUUGGUUCCAGACCCGACUGGUGCCCCUAUUGGAAAGCAAAGAAAGACAGAGCAGUCGCCAGUCAUGGAAGAUCCGCAUGAUCCCUCCAGUCGGGACCCGAGUGAAGCGGACAGUGCGUCUCUGUCCCUGAGCCAGGUCUCCCCACCGCCGCCUCUGCUGCAGCCUGCAUUGCAUCCAGCUCACAGGACCACUAACUUUUUUAUUGAUGACAUACUCCGGCCUGACUUUGGCUGCAAAAAGGAUCCGGGAACAGGAGCUAGGGAGCGUCCUAAUGACUCUGACAGGGGCGGGCAGGGCAGGCCCGCGCCGCCCGGAACUCCAUGCCCAGACUCCUCCGACAGCGUUUCCUCUUGUACUUCCUCUUCGGUCUCGUCGCCAUCAAGCCAGAGAGAGCCCAUAGCGGACAAUUCGAGUAGAGUUACAACGCCAGACCAUGCUAAAGAAUCAGCAGCAGGUGCAGAACACAGUGUCGGAGAAGCAGCGGCUGGUAAAGACCCUCGUGGGCUACUUUGGCCCGCUUGGGUUUAUUGCACCAGAUACUCAGACCGUCCUUCAUCCGGUCCAAGGACCCGCAGACUGAAAAAGAAGAAGAGCCAGGCGGAGAAUAAGCGGCCCAGGACGGCAUUCACGGCUGAACAGCUGCAGCGGCUGAAGGCGGAGUUCCAGCUGAACCGCUACAUCACCGAGCAGCGGCGGCAGACCCUCGCAAACGAGCUCAACCUCAAUGAGUCGCAGAUUAAAAUCUGGUUUCAGAACAAACGUGCCAAGAUCAAAAAAUCCAGCGGUUACAAAAACUCACUGGCGCUGCAUUUGAUGGCGCAGGGACUGUACAACCACUCCACCACCACCAUCCAAGACGAGAGUGACUGAAGGAUAGAGAUGAGCAUAAAGCUGCACUAACACACAAACUGAACAGCAGGACUGCGUUUGCACUCUUGAUUAAAAAGUGAGGAAACGCUGGACAUCGUAGUGUCUGAAAAGAAGUUUGAAAAACUCGUAUAAAGUAACCACUAAUCAGUAUCAUUAUAACCUUCAUUUGUAACAUAUAAUGUAGUGCCCACAUCUAUAUAUAUAUUUUUUUCGAUCAUGUCUAUCUGUAUGUUUUUAUGUCUAUAAUUACGUCAACAUUUUUAAAAUUCCAUCAGACUAUCAGACUUGCAAAUAUAUCAGUCUCAUGCCAAAGAUUUUACCAGAUGGAAAGAUUGCAGGCUACUUGUAACACAGCCUGAGUCGUGCAGAGCAGGUGAUUAGAUUCCUUUGGGAAAAUGAAAUGGAAGAUUGCUGCUUCAAGUACAGUCUCUCUGUAUAGGACAGUGGACAUGAAUGUGGGACUUGAGUAACCUGACUAUCAGAAUACCAAUUAUAGCCUUCUACUUGAAAUAUUCAGACCUGUUCUCUCCAAAUAAACACUUUUAUAUACGGGAGAUAUAUUUUUCUUCUUGUUAUAUGACAAUAAAUGCUGUGUGUUGAGGGUGUAUGAAUAGGUUAACAUGCUUCAUUCCUGGAGCUUUUUCCUAAUUCCAAUUCAUGUCUUUUCAAGCAUAAAUUAUUCUAGGCCUAUCUGUACACCCGACAGUCACCAGCAAAUCUCACUAUUCACACUAUGCACACAGUGUAUACGUUUGUAUUACCCUGCAUAUUAAAGUGGCAUUUAAGCUGCCUUUUGUUGUUCAC